UCUUCUCCAUCGAUUUUUAGAAUUAAAAAAGAUGGCAUUAUCAUGGAUUGCAGCUACAUUAUUAGUGGUAUUAUGCAGCAAUUUUAAUGUUGGUUUGGGUAGCUAUGGAGGUGCAGUGAUUCAUGUAGGUGGCAAAGUUAUGUGCCAAGAUUGCACCAAGGGCUAUAAUGAAUGGAUUAAUGGUGAUAGGCCUAUUAAAGGAUGCAAGGUAUCACUUACGUGCAUGGAUGAGAGAAAAAGAGUGAUGUAUUAUAGCAGUGAUUUUACAGAUGAAGAAGGGCAAUUUGAAAUGAGAGUGAACAAAUUGGUUAAUGGAAAGGAAUUAAAAGAAAAGUUAUGUUCAGUGAGAUUGGUAUUUUCACCGGAUCAAACUUGCAAUAUUCUUACGGAUUAUGCCGGAGGAAAAUCUGGAGUUCUGCUGAAAAGACCUACACUUAUUUAUAGAGAUAUGGUUAAGUUCUUGCUUGAUCCAUUUUAUUUCACUAGUCCUAUGUGUGAUCAGCCUGAUACAAUUGCUACUGAUGAAUCCUAUGGAACCAAAUAUUGAUUUUUUUUUCUUCAAUUUAUUUAUAUGAACUUUUUUUUUGUGGUGUUAUAUGUUUUUUGAUUUUGUAAGUUGAAUUUGGUUCUUCGAUUUUGAUUCUUUUAGUAUAUUUCAAUUUUAUUUGCUAGCUACAGAUAUAAAACCGUCGCUAAAUCUGUAACUAAUUAUUCUUGGUUGCUGAUAGCGGCCCGUGCUGUUUUUUAUUUAUUCUUAAUUGUUAAAGUGCACAUAAUUUGUUAUUUA